UUCAUCUUUAAUAAUCUACCAAAAAAGAAUCAACAAAAUAUAAAAUAUCACCGCCAUUGGCAUUAUUUACAUUUAAAAGAAAAUAUUAACCUCAUCGUGCACGCCGUUAACCUACCUUUCUCUCUCACUCACAAACAAAAACGAUAAAAAAAUCUCCGAACCCGUAACCGUUAUGGACUCAUUCAAACCGAACCGGUUCCGUACCCGCCAAUUUCUCACCCCAAAGGCGGAGCGUUACCUCGGCAUCCAACCCCACGCGCCGUCGCCUCUCGUUAAUUCCACGCCCCUCGAACUAACCGAAGAUGACGUCGUUUUCAGUUACGAAUCUUCCCAACCUUCUUCUUCUUCCUCUUCUUCUAAUCGCACCCCCAACCGCCACUACCGUCAUCAAUACAACCACCAUCAAUACCACCAUCGUAAGGCUUCCCCCUUAGGCCCUCCCGAUUCGUUCGGAAUCCUCGCUUCAUUGCCGGAAGGCGACGAAUCUCCGAACGUCGAAAACACUUCGCAGUUUCUCAACAAUGCUCCAGUGUCCGUUUCAGUCUCAGGUUCCGUUUCAUCCAAUUCAUCUUCCUCAUCGACGCGACCUGUUCUUGUGGUACAGAGACCGCAGACGGAGGGAACUCCGUCUUGGUCGUCGCCGGCGUCGAAUAGAUUUUAUCAUUCGGCGCCGGUGAAUGUUCCGAUGAUGUCGCCGGAGAUGGUGGAGCUUGCGAGGAAAUACGAAGAAGAAGACGCACUAGCGGCUGUUGAUGAAGAUGAAUUCAGGGUUCCUCCGCAUGAGUAUAUCUCAAGGCAAUUGGAAUUUUCGUCGAUGCAUUCGUGUUCGUUGUUCGAAGGAGUUGGAAGAACCCUAAAAGGAAGAGACAUGCGUUCGGUUCGAAACGCCGUUUUGAGCCAAACAGGUUUCAUUAGUUGAAAAAGAGUUUUGGAUUGUUUUUUUUAUCUUCAAACUUCAUCAUAUUUUCUUGGUAUUUUAUCCUCAGCCUAUGAAUUUCGGUUGGGAAAUGGGAAAAGGCUAGAAACCCUAAUCGAUGAAUAUGAAAUUGAAGACCUGGUUAAUAAUUUUUGCUUAGUAUUGUUUAAUAUAUUAGCAAAGUCUUUCAAUUUUAUUAUUUCUCUGUUGAUGUUUGAUUUUCCUUAUAUGUGGGAGAGGUUUUGUUGUUAUAUAUGUCUUUCUUAAUUUACCUUUUA